UACUCCCAGCCCGCCUCAAAGCCAGCCGAGCAACCCCCUGGUCUUCAGUUUACAAGUGGCAAAUUGACUUGCUCUGCUGCAUGUCCGGAGGGACAGUGGAAAGCGUGGAGACGCCCCGGGGGUUAAGCGAUAGCAGCUUAAAAAGAAAAAAAGCCAAACAAAUAAACAAAACCCACCCACCCUAACAAACAUGAGGCUGCUGGAGAGAAUGAGGAAAGAAUGGUUCAUGAUGGGGAUAGUGCUGGCGAUCGCCGGAGCUAAACUGGAGCCGUCCGUAGGGGUGAACGGGGGACCACUGAAGCCAGAAAUAACCGUCUCCUACAUUGCUGUUGCAACAAUAUUCUUUAAUAGUGGACUAUCAUUAAAAACGGAGGAGCUGACCAGUGCUUUGGUGCAUAUAAAACUGCAUCUUUUCAUUCAGAUCUUUACACUUGCAUUCUUCCCGGCAACAAUAUGGCUUUUUCUUCAACUUUUAUCAAUCACACCCAUCAAUGAAUGGCUUUUGAAAGGGUUGCAGACAGUAGGUUGCAUGCCUCCUCCCGUGUCUUCUGCUGUGAUUUUAACCAAGGCAGUUGGUGGAAAUGAGUGUCUUUUGAAGAGCAGGAUGGUAGAGGAGGCAGUAAAGGUGGUUGGAUUCUGGAUCUGUUUUGAAGGCACAGGAUAUGCUGAUGAGUUGAAUAUGAGAGAAAGAAGGGUCAAGACUGACUCCAAGGUUUUUCACUGAGCAGCUGAAAGGAUGGGGUUGCUUAUAUGGAGAAGAGUACUCUGAAAGAAGGUUCAAGGGAUAUUAGUCUGGUGAAGCUAUGCUGUGAUAACUAAGAGCUACAAAAUCUCAGUGGCUAAACUUACAGGUUCAUUUCUUGCCCAGGGCAUAUAUACCAUGUGGGUCAGUGGGAAGGUCUUUGCCAUCACUAAGGACACAUGGUUGAUGGAAGCAUCAUGUCUUCAAGUUUACCAUUUGGAGGAACCAGCACUUUCAUACUGUGAGAAUUUUCAAUAGGGAAAGAGAGAUUGGAGAAUCACAGACUGGCUUUUCACUGUCCAGGCUAGAGGUAAACUUCUGCUCACAAGUCAUGUGGCCUUACCCUUUGUUUUUUUCAUUCACAUGUCCUGAAGUAGAAGAGAACUAGAUAUUGAUGAAAACUUGUAAUGUCAGUGUAAUAUGGGUAAAUAUCAAGAGUUUUUUUUUUUUUCAUGUGUUAAGAAGCCUAGUACAUAUCCAGAUGGAAAUGGCACUAAGCAAUUAGAGAUACAAAAGGUGAGCGUUCCAAGAGUAGUCUAACUGGAGAUAUGAAUUAGGGCAUCAUCAGUAAAUAAAUGGUAUUUAAAGUAAAGAUUGGAUGAGAUUACUUAGGAAAAGAGCAUAGACAGUGUAUUGCCAGUGGGUUUCAGCACCAGGUAAGUUCACCUAUGGAUUCAGUGAAACCAGGCAAUGACAAUGGAAUGUACUUGGGGUAAAAGAGUUUAUUACCCAGCUUGUUCUCCUGGUGAUAGGUCGAGCACUAGAAUUACAUCUGCAUCCAACAGUCUGUAGGUUCAUAAUCCUCCUCCCUCUCUGCAUUCACCCAGAGCACUGGGCAAAGCUCUGUAUAUAGUGACUCAGUCAAUAAUAGUGUAUUGCCUAUGGGUGUGGAAGCAGUAACUUAUCAGUAGGCCAGGUACAUCAUCAAGUAGUUUAGGGUCAGGUGAGGAUCCUGGCCAUAGGCACUUCCAUUUCUCCCACAGACAGAAAGGAGAACUGGUGAAGGACUGAGCCCUGGGAUCUUCCAACAUUAAGAAGUUAGAAUGAUGAGGAGUAACCAAAGGCAAUGGAAAAAUUAAAUAGAAGGAAAAACAAGGCAGCAUGGUAUCUGGAAGCCAGAUGAAGAAAGUAUUUGAAGGCGGAGAGUAUGAUUAGCUGCAUCAAAUUCUGUUCAUGUAAGUUGUGUGAGUUGAAUUAUGAGAAUUGUCCAUUGAAUUAAGCUACAGGGAGCUUAUCUGUUUUGAUGGAGUACAAAGGCAAAAGCUUGUUUGGAGUGGACUCAAGGGCUGAUAGGAAGAGAAGAAUUAGAGACAGGAGGUGUAGGCGACUGUUUUGAGGUCCUUUGUGAAAAAAGGGAAUAGGGAAAUGGGGGUAUUUAGAUGAGCAUAUGGGGGUCAAGAUGCAUUAAAUGCAUAAAUGACAGCAUGUUUCUAUCACGGUGGGAAUUGUAUAGUAGUAAGGGAGUUGUCAAUUUAAGAUGAGUGCUGGAGAAAUUUAUUUGGUCAAGUGGAAGAGAAUGGAACUGGGUCAUAUAUGCUUCCAGGAGCCUAAACCCUUUAUUCAUAGUACUAGGAGGGAAGGCAGAGUGUGGAUCUAUAUAGAUCCAUGUAGAUGAGUAGUAGGGGUGCACUUGGGAAUUUUCUGCUGAUGACUUUUAUUUCUUAGCUUCUUUUGAUGACUUUACGUUUUCUCAGCAGCUGAGGGUGAUGAUGGGGUAGGUGCUAUUAAUGUUUGAGGUGAGUGGAGAAAAUGUGCAGAUGCCGUGUAGACCAGGAGAGUGCCCUAACCAUGGCACGUGAUAGCAUUGCCACCUUGCACUACAGCUGAGAUCCACAGUCACGCUUUUAACGUGAAGCCAGACAUCAUAGUUGUUUUCUGAGCCACAUGUAGCUUCUUGGUGUAAGAAUAGAAUUGGCAGAUAGUUGGAUUUAACCAGCGUUUUAUUAUGCCAGGUAAUUAUUUUCAGUUGCCGCAUAAUUAGUGAGCUAUAUAGGAGUUACAGAGAUCUUGGACUGCUGUUUGCUGUGAUUGUCUUUCUAGUGCCUUGAAAGAAUUUGAGAAGAGUCUUUUCUUGGUGUAUCUGAGACCACUAUUAAUUGGCUUAAAGGUAUCAUUGAUCUCUCUUUCUUUCUAAUGUGAUUCCCUUAAGAGCUAAGACUAAAAAAACUUUUUUGUUCUCAAAUGGCAUUUAGCAGAAGUUCAAAUUUCAUUCAUUUCCUUGACAUUAACAUAUAGCAUUAGAAAGUAUAUUUACAUAUUCAUUCCCCAGUAGAUAUUUAAAUUAUUUACCUUAAUGUUACCUGUCAUGAACAUUGAUUUUACAGAUACCUCCUUUGUUUUUUAAUACCAUUGGUCUAGUUUAAAAGUAGUCUUGGGGAGUAAGAUACAGUUUUUCAUAAAUAUUGAAAAUUGGCUUACAAAGUCUAGUUUGGUCAUAUCUUCUGAGUGAAAUGAAUAGACUAUUUUAUAUUUACAUCUGAUUGUAAAAGAAAAUGAUCUGUGAGUAAACAUACAUAAUUUUAAGUUUGUUUCUCUAAAAUAAUAUAUAAGGUAUAUUUUAAGGUAACUGCAUAUAGGCCUUUGCUAAACUAAAUGAACGAAAGGGACUAUUGCUCUUUUGCAUAAUAUAUUAGAAAAAAAUCUAAUCUAAGAAUGGAAAGUGAAUUUAUUGGUGCAUGAAAAUGAAAAAGUCCGAAAGCUGAGUCUAAUGUCAGGUUCCAUUAGGUUAAGGCUUUGAUUCUACUUCUCAGAUUCUGUGCUCUGCCUUGCAGGGAACAGCUUUGUACCCUCGUGGUUCCAACAUGGUAGGAAAUAUGCUGGGGCGCAUUUCCAUGUUGCUCUGUCCCUUCAAACUGACUAUUCUUUGCAGUGUUUAUGUCAUGUGAAAAAAUUUCUUCCUUCCUGAUUUUGUGUUAUUAAACAUUUUUACAUUUAGUUUAUGGCUCUCAUGUAUUUACAUAUAGAUCUUUAAUAUGUAUGCACAUGUUUAGCAAAUGCCCUCACGUAUUAAGAUGUGUGAUCUGUUGCAUAUUUGUAUUUAACGAUUUGGGGGGGUGUAUGCAGUUACGAUAGUGUCAUUUGAAAUGGUUCUUUUAUUUUUAUUUUGCAAAAUUGUUAUACAACUUAAGAGAAAAUUUUUUUCUGUUAUACACCUUCCAUUUUAAACACUUUUUCUAUAAAACAAUUGGUUGCCAAAGGUUUUGUCAUGGAUUGAAAGUUAUUGCAUCCCUUAAACUCAGCUUGUAAACUUUGGUGAGAAAUAGCCUUAUUACUUCUUGUUAAAGUUAAAAAAAACAAUUUCUGUUUUUAUAACUUAGGUUGUUUUGUUUCAGUGAGCCAGCUAGAAUUUAUAAUAAUAUUUAGCAGCAGAAGGAAUUCAAUGUAUAUGCAUAAUGCAUAUAUGCUGGAAUGCUAGCAUAUCCUUUAGGUAUUUAUGUAAGACUAUUUAAGGGUAUAGCUGACUGACAGUCUUAUUUUGUGGCUUUUAAAUUUUAAACUACCUUCUUUUAAAUAUUGGAAACAUGUUGAGGUUCUUUUUUGUGAAGUUGUUUAUUCAUUCCAGUGUUUUAAAUGCAACUUUUCAAAACUGCAAAAUUGUAGGGUGUGCUGUUGACAUGGUCUGAUUGACGGUGAUGGUAACCUUGUGUGUGUAUGUGUUGCACACAUGAUUUUAGUUCCUUUUUUGAGUAAUAGAAAAAGUAAUAAGACUUGUUGAACCCCAAUUUCAUUGCCAAAUAUAGGAAAGAAGAUAAAUCACAAUAUUCUCAAGUUUAUUCUAACACAUGAGACAUAGGAUACUUAUUCUUUGUUUAAAAUUGUAUACAUUUGCCCAGUUUAAAUUUCUGUUCCAAACAGAAAGUUCUGUGGUAAAAAGUACAAUUUCUUCCCGAAAGUCUUAACAAAGGGUAACCUUAUGGGAUUUGCUAAAGGGAAUCAUAUGUAUUUAAAUUCAAGUAACUUCUGCUUUACAGGACUACUGCAAUAGUUAGUAGUAUAAAGGGCCCAUAUCACCAAAUUAUUGUAUUCCCUUCUUAUUGUAGGAAAAACCGAAAUGUUGCCCAAGUGUGUUCAGCCCCACUUCGUAUGUGGGACACACAGAACUCAGUUUCCAGAUCUGGACUAUGUUUGCUAUUUGUAGGCAUUAAUGCUGGCCUACUCUUGGGUUAAGAUGCUGUGCUUCUUUUAAUGUAAACACAGGUGGCAUUUUAACUAUACUUUACUUAGUAAGUUGGAGGAUUUUAGAACCUUUGAUAGUCAUGUGGAAUCCCAAGUGUAUUUUAAAAACAACUUUUGAUUUAAGGGAUAGUAGAAAGGUAACAAGUUAAAAGUGUGUGUAUGCGUGUGUUGUGUAUAAUUUCAUCAAUGGGGUUACUGCCCAAAUCUCUUCAAAGAAAAUCUAAGAAUGUCUCCUGAGCCAAGAAAAUUAUUACAUGUGGUGAACUCUUUAAGUCUUAGACGAAGGUCAUGGCAGUCAGAGUAUAUUUAAAAAAGGUUUUCUAUCUGCUUGGAAAGCAAAUGAAGCACUCAUUACUAACUUUGAAAUUAUACUUAUGAGAAGAUUUUUGCUAGAGGUGAAAGAUCAAGAGCAUCACAGUCCAAAUGGAGACAGAAAGUUCAAUUUCUGGCUUAUCAGGGAGGCAUGAAACAUUUCAGGGUUAUUUUGCAUUAUCAGUGGGGAGCUGAUCUUGCUAAUCUAGUGCAUGAAGAUAAGGUUCAUUGAAACAUUUAUAAAGGCAUUUAGAGUAGGUCUGAUGAAUGGAGAGAGGACUUGAAGUGAGAAGGAAAUCUGAUCUGACAGUCAUGGUCUCAGCCUUAGCCCCCUCACUGGCUUUCCAGUGCCUUGCCCUUUUCUUCUGUUAAAUGAAGUGGGUUACUUCUUUUGCUUGCAGUGGAAGCUAAAUGGUUUCCAGGAGAAAUCUUGUAUCUGAAAAAGACUAACAGCGUUGAGUUCCCUUGCAAGCUGGCAUAUGUGCUCUUCUUAUCCUCCAGCCUUCUGCGCUCGCUGGGAAAUAGUAACAGGCUUUCCUUUUUGGCAGAUAGAGAACAGAAGUAACAGCAGCAGCAGCAAGAAAUCCCAUGUCCCUAUUCUUCUUCCGUAUCUACUUUUUAACUUUAGUCUUAUCUGCUGGAUUGAGUUAGCAUUCUUAAGCAGCCCUACAGAGAGUUGACUGUUUGUUUUAAGCAGCCUUAAAACUUGUUUGAAACAUUCCUAGAUUUCCCAAGAUUUUUAUGUGUAACUUAGAAUUCUCCCAUUUAACCCCUUAAUGCCUCUCCGAUUGUCUCCCAUUUCUACCACUCUAACCAAAAGGGUCCUCUUAAUGGUCAGCAGUGAUUUCAGUUCACCAAAUGCAGCGGCCAAUCCUCAGUUCUCAUCCUCCACACUUUAACUGCAGCCUUGACACCACGGCUACUUGCCUCCAACUUUGUUUUGCUUCCCGGAUACUCUUCUCUCCUAAUUCUCUUCCUGCAUCUCACAUGCUGCCUUUCUUCUUGUCUGGUUCCUUUCCCAUCCCUAUAGGAGUGUCUUCGAGGGACCUGAUCUUGAAACACCCUGCUUAGCAUUUGCCAGGUUCCUGUUUUUGAGUCCUUCUCUUUAUUGCUGAAGUCAUUUGAUCCUCACCUUUGGGUCCUGCUCUGCCUCAGACAUAAGGACCAGUCCUGAUCUUGGGUGAGAAGUAUUUAAACAACACCAGCUUAACAUGCAGUGGUGACAUUCUGCUAGGCCACCUGACCUUCAGCAAAGGGUACACUUUGCUAAGGAAUCAGAGCAGGUGUUUAACUCCUGCUUUUACCAUUUCUCACCUAGUAGUCUGAGUCAUCACCAGGUAAGCCCUGGGUCACUCUGAGCCUUGGUUUCCUUAUCCAAGGACCAAUAAUAUUUUCAUCCUUAUUUCACAGAAUUGCUUACAAGGAUCUCAUGAAAAUUGUAUGCAGAAGGACUUACAAAAUGUGAGGGAACAUAUCAAGCAAGGGUCAGCAUUAUCAUCAUUGUAGAGGUUUGUCACUGAUGAAAUCACCUAGUUUUUUGAGUCAUUGUCAUUGCUUUCUCAAGAAUUUGAUUUUCCAAGUUCACUCAUUCACCCCAUUCACCCAAAAAUAUAGGUUGAGUGCUUGCUAUAGCUUGAUACAUCUAGUCCCUUAAUAGAAUUUUUAGUUUAGUAAGUGAUAUAAGGCAUGAACAGUACGGGCAGACCUCGGAGAAUUUGUGGGUUCUAUUCCAGAUCAUUACAGUAAAGCCAGUAUCACAAUAAAGUGAAUGAAAUGCAUUUUUUGGUUUCCCAGUACAUAUACAAAUUAUGUUUACACUAUACUGACUGUAGUCUAUAAAGGGUGCAAUAGCAACACAUCUAAAAAGCAAUGCACAUACCUUAAUUUAAAAAGUACUUUAUUGCUGAAAAAAGCUAACCAUCAUCUGUGGUUUCCAUGAGCUGUAAUCUUUUUGCUGAUGAAGGGUCUUACCUCCAUGCUGAUGGCUGCUGAUUGAUAGGGUGGUGGUUGCUGAAGGCUGGGCUGGCUGUGGCAAUUUCUUGAAAUCAGACAACAAUGAAGUUUGCCACAUUGAUUAACUCUUCCUUUCAUGAACAAUUCCUCGGUAGCAUGUGGUAUUGUUUGAUAGCAUUUUACCCACAGAUAACAUUCAGAAUUGGAGUCAAUUCUCCAACCCUGGCACUGCCUUAUCAACUAAAACUGCGGCUUUAUCAGCUGUAACAGUUUCUAAAUCCUUUGUUGACAUUUGAGCAAUCUCCACAGCAUCUUCACCAGGGGUGGAUUUCAGCUCAAGAAAUCACUUUCUUUGCUAACCCCUAAGAAACAAUUCCUCAUUCUUUGAAGUUUUACCAUGAGAUUACAGCAAUUCAGUCCCAUGUCUAGGCUUCACUUUUAAUUCUAGUUCUCCAGCUAUUUCCACCACUUCUGCAGUUACUUCCUUCCCUGAAGUCUUGAACCCCCUCUAAGCUAUCCGUGAGGGUUAGAAUUAACUUCUUCCAACUGCUUCUCAUGUUGAUAUUUUGGCCUCUUCCCAUGAAUGAUAAGGUUCUUACUAGCAUCUAGAAUGGUGAAUCAUUUUCAGGUUUUCAAUUCACUUUGCCCAGAUUCAUCAGAGGAAUCACUAUGGCAGCUACAGCCUUAUGAAAUGUAUUUCUCAAAUAAUAAGUCUUGAAAGACUUGCUCCAUGGACUACAGAAUGGAGAUAGUGUUAGCAGGCAUGAAAACAACAUUCAUCUGUUUGUACAUCUCCAUCAGAGCUCUUGGGUGACCAGAUGCAUUGUCAGUGAAUGGUAAUAUUUUGAAAAAAAUCUUUUUUUUGAAGAGUAGGUCUUAAUACUGGGCAUAAAAUAUUCAGUAAAGGCAGGUGGUGUUGUACAGCCUUUGUUGUUCCAUUUAUAGAGCACAGGCAGAGUAGUUUUUGCAUGUUUCUUAAGGGCUCUACAAUGUUUAGAAUUUGUAGAUGAUUAUUGGCUUUAACUUAAAGUCAGCAGCUAUGUUAGCUGCUAAUAAAAGAGUCAGCCAUCAAGUUGAAGGCAGACCUUCAGAGUCAAACCUUUGAAGCUUUGAAGCCAAGCAUUGACUUGUCCUCUCUAGCUAUGAAAGUCUUAGAUAGCCUCUUCUUUCAAUAGAAGGCUGUUUUUUUGACCUUGAAAAUCAAGGUA